UUCAGUACCUUAAAGUGGGACCCACUUCACAUUCCCUUUUCCUUUUCCUUUUCCUUUUCUGUCUUCCUCCAUUAUCAUCAUUCCUGCUCUUGUCCCCUUCUUCACUCUUCCGCUACACCAAUAAAACUCCACAGUCCACACCUUUUAUCCUCUACAUUCAUCCUCACUCAAUUUACAAUGCACCCCUGAUACUCAACUUUUCUACAUCAUUAAAUCACAAUUUUAACCAUAUGAUGAGUGCUUCAUCUGAAGAUGGGUAUGAUCACAGAGAUGGCACAGGAAGUUACUGUUUAAGUGCUGAUAUAAGUGAAUCAGAAAGUUCUAGUAGCUUCUCUCUUCUAAGAUUUGACCCUGAUGCUGAUGCUGAUGUUCCUUCUACUUCUACAUCUUCUCCUGCUGUUUUUCAACGUCAUAAUAUUGGAAACUUUAAUUUUCCAACAACCCAUUUUGUUUUUCCGGAAUUUUCUGGGAAAGAUGUUGUCCGUUGGGAUGAUUCUAAUCCUUCUAAAUCUGAAGACUCUGAUUUAUCUGAAGUAGAGAUGAUGAAGGAAAGGUUUGCAAAAUUGUUAGUUGGUGAGGAUAUGUCUGGUGGUGGUAAGGGUGUUUGUACUGCACUUGCUGUAUCAAAUGCUAUUACUAAUCUUGCUGCUACUGUUUUUGGGGAAUUAUGGAGACUAGAGCCUUUAUCAACUCAAAGGAAGAAAAUGUGGCGUCGAGAAAUGGAUUGGUUGUUAUGUGUGAGUGACUUCAUUGUUGAAUUAGUCCCUUCAAUGCAAGAAUUUCCGGGUGGAGGCUCAUUUGAGGUCAUGGCAACGAGACCGAGAUCCGAUUUGUAUGUAAAUUUGCCUGCUCUCAAGAAAUUAGAUGCUAUGUUGCUUAGUAUCCUUGAAGGGUUUAAGGAGACCGAGUUUUGGUAUGCUGACCGUGAGAGUGAUGAUCGAGAUCCACUUAAGACUGUAGCAUGUAAUGGUCGGCUAUCUGUUCGACAGGAGGAUAAAUGGUGGUUGCCAUGUCCGAAAGUUCCGCCUCAUGGGUUAUCCGAGGAUGCGAGGAAGAGGUUGCAACAGUGUAGGGAUUGUACGAACCAGAUUCUUAAGGCAGCUAUGGCUAUUAAUACUAGUGUCAUCUCGGAGAUGGAGAUUCCUUGUGCUUAUUUAGAGUCCUUGCCUAAGAAUGGUAAAGAUUGUCUAGGAGAGAUCAUUUACCGUUACGUAACUGCAGAGAUCUUCACACCAGAAUGUCUCCUUGAUUGCCUAGAUUUAUCUUCAGAACAUCAUAUUCUGGAAAUCGCGAAUAGAAUUGAGGCAGCUGUUCAUGUUUGGAGACUUAAAGAUCAAAGGAAACAUGCAGGUCGCUCCAAAAGUAAACGACCAUCAUGGGGUGGCAAGGUUAAAGGGAUUGUCACCGACAAUGACAAAAAUCAGGUUCGUGCUCGACGAGCUGAGACUCUUUUAAGGUGUCUGAAGAUUCGGUUUCCUGUGUUGCCACAGACAGCAUUAGAUAUGAGCAAGAUUCAGUAUAACAAGGAUGUUGGAAAAGCAAUCCUCGAAAGCUAUUCAAGAGUAACGGAGAGUUUGGCAUUUAACAUUGUGGCUAGAAUCGACGACUUAUUAUUUGUGGAUGAUGCUGCUAAACAAUCAGCUUCGGAAUCCAAAUCUGUUUUCUGUAGAGGAGGAUUGGGUGGUCUUCCUCUCCAAAAGCAAAUGUCACCUAGUCCUUUCUCCAUCCGACACUCCCCUUACGGUUCACCUUUUGCUACCCCGAGCUUCUGUGUGACCCCUACUCUCGGCAGUCCUGGAAGAUCACUUACGACUCUUCGUAAAAUGAACCUUAAAGCAGCCGAAAAUGUGAAAACCGAAAAGGCACUCUCGCAAGAGUUUGAGAAGAUUUGGGCGCAUCCAGGGAACCUGAGUUCAAGGAAGGCAUCCGGAGAUGCUCCCGAGAGAGACUGACAACCUAAAAAAUGGCCCUCAGAUACACUCGGAUAAUAGCCAAGUCGUAACUUUCAUAUCUUGUAAAAAUUCUAGCAGUAGCUCAUUUGUGUAGCAAGUUUCUUUUAUGUGCAAAGUUAUAUUAAGGCAUCUAUUUUUGCAGUUUGCACCUUGAAAUGUUUUCCUUUUAGUAUUUGUCUAUUACUAAAAAUAGAAUGUUAAGGUUUAGUUGUUUAGUAGGAGUACUUUCUAUUUUUGGUAGGAAUACGGAGUUUAUAAGAACUAUGACUUGAUUAUUGAGCACUCUGUUCAUUGAUUCA